AUGGACGGCGUUGAUGCCGGUGGCCCGGCUGAUGCCGGAGGUCAUCGCGAGGGGAAGAAACCAGUGGCGUGUGGCGACGCGGAAGGCGGCGGCGCGGCGGGCAGCAGCGCUCCCGCCGCGUCUGGCGCUGUCCUCUUACAAGGCGACUCGCGAACAAGCUUAGGCGUGAACGAGGGCGAUCUGCUAGUGAUGGGCGCACCAUCAGCAUCAGAAGCAGCGGAAGCGGCAGCAGAGGCGGCAGCAGCGGGCAUCGGCGACAACGGCGUGUGGGUGAGCGCGCUCACGUACUGCCCGCACGUGCUCUCCCCUGACGCAAAGCUGCUGCCCCCGCACUCCGUUCCGCCCUUCGACUCACUCUGCCACAGUUGCAAGGACGGCACAGAGAACUGGGUGUGUCUGACGUGUGGAGUGGUGGCGUGUGGGCGGUACGUGGGCGGCCACAUGCUGCAGCACGUCACUGAAACAGCCCACCCACUGGCUGCUGGCUUCAGGUGCGUGCCUCCUCUCCUCUGUGCCUCUCACGAGGCUUCUCUGCCCCUCCCCUGCCCCUCCCCUGCCCCUCCCCUGCCCCUCCCCUGCCCCUCCCCUGCCCCUCCCCUGCCCCUCCCCUGCCCCUCCCCUGCCCCUCCCCUGCCCCUCCGCUUGACCUCUUAUUGGCCUAUCCUGUGGCUCGUAUGGGCUAUGUUGGGCCUCUAA